ACACCUUCACCAGGAAACAUCUCUCCCGUCCUCCUACGAGUUGCUUUGAACCUGGCUGUGACUUGAACAACCGAGAACGCCAUUGACCAUGUUGGCCAAACUUGGUCUGGUGACCUCACUGUUUUGGGGUCUGAGUGUUGCCCAAGACUACACUGAUGAAUGCCCCGUGGACAACGGCUUCUUUGCCGAUGCAGUUCAAUGUGACAGAUAUUACGAGUGUAAAAACGGGGAGAUUAUAGAUCAUUUGUGUCCGGAUGGAUUGGUCUAUGACGAAAGUAGUGUCAACUUUGCCAAAUGCAGUUUCCAAUUCUCCGUGGAUUGUUCCGGACGAACGGAACUUCAGCCACCGACACCCAGCAAACUUUGCCCGAGAUUAAACGGCUACUUUGCCCAUGAGGAUCCCAAUGUCUGCGAUAAAUUCUACUUUUGUGUGGACGGGGUGGCCAAUCUAGUCUCGUGCCCCAACACUCUAAUUUUCGAUCCGACCAAGGGUCAAUGCGACUUUGUGGACCAAGUCUCUCGGAAAGGAUGUUCCUCUGCGGAGGUUUACAAAUUUGCCUGUCCAAAGACAUCGAACUCCCCUCAUGCUCAUCCUCGAUACCCAGAUCCUGAAGAUUGUCAAUUCUUCUACUUGUGCAUUGGAGGUGUCAGUGCCAGGCGCAACGGUUGUACUGAGGGUUUGGUAUUCAAUCCUGACACAGUUUCGUGUGAUCGGCAAUCCAAUGUCAAGGGUCCUUGCUCAACGUGGUAUAAUGAGACCGAGUUGGCCCGCAUCAAGAACCCAUCUUCAUUUCCGCAAAGCAAGAUUUCAGGCAACACGCCUCGAGAACGGGUCAAUUUCCGAAGGAAACCAGUGGUAAAGUCUCAAGCCCAACCAGAGCCAGACCAACAGGACUUCUCCAAUUUCGCCUCCAUAGGAGAUAGUUCCAUCCUCAGAACUGCUCGACCCAACCUCGUCCGAUCCGGUAGUACAAAAUUACGUCCGGCAGCACAAGCUGCCUCUCAAAAUGCAGGACAGAGGAAUAGGGUCAGGACUCGAGUCCGUCGUCCACCCCCUGCCCAAAGACCAACCGCCCUUGAAGAAGAGGACAAGCCUCUUACCUUUGCCCUUUCCAGUGAUGAGGCCAUUCAGCGUUUCCGAGAGCAAAACCAGUUUGUACCCACACAAUCUUCCAAUGGUGGUGGGGGUGGACGUCUAACCAUUCUCACGAACCUGGACCCUAGACCUGAGAGACUCUCGCCCCAGGAAAGUUCUUUCAAUCGACAAGAGGAGGACGACGAUGAGAAGUUUUCCUCGUUCCCGGCCUUGCCCAGGAGUCGAACCCCGCCGCAAUUUCAGAACUUUGAAGCCCAGCGCGA